ACCGUUGUAUUUUUCUGGAGUUAUCCAAACCGGGAGAUAAGAAACAGAGAGCGCGGGAUCGUCGACGACUCCUCCCUUCCCCGCUCUCUCUCUUUUUCAUCGUCUUAUCCCCCAUCGCACGCCUCCCAAAUAAACGCUUCCUCCGCCGCCGCCGCCGCCGCCGCCGCCAUGAGCGGCCUCAUCUCCUCCGCCGAGCUCGGCUCCUCCGCCUCGUUCCUCCACCUCGACCUCCUCCGACCACGUCGCCCUCGGCCUAGGGCUCUUCCCACCAGGCCCAAGUGGGCGAGCUCCCCUCGCGCCAACCUCUCUUCCGAUCCCCUGUUGGUUCAGGCCGCCAGAGGGAAUUCCAUUGCCCGCCCGCCGGCAUGGAUGAUGCGCCAGGCUGGACGAUACAUGUCAGCAUAUCAAAAGCUUGCAGAGAAGCACCCGUCAUUUAGGGAGAGGUCAGAGACCGUCGAUCUUAUAGUGGAGAUCACGUUGCAGCCGUGGAGGGCUUUUAAGCCAGAUGGAGUUAUAAUAUUCUCUGAUAUUCUCACUCCUCUUCCGGCAAUUGGCGUUCCAUUCGAAAUAUCAGAUGCAAAGGGUCCUAUUAUUCAGUCUCCAGUUCAGUUUGAAGAGCAUCUGGAAAAUUUGCAUCCCAUUGAUUUGGAAAAGCUUCAGUUUGUGGGUGAAUCUCUCAGAAUCUUGCGCAGAGAGAUUGGGGAGAAUGCGGCCUUGCUGGGUUUUGUGGGCGCCCCAUGGACAAUUGCCACCUACGUGGUGGAAGGUGGAACAACCAGCACAUACAAAACUAUAAAACGAAUGUGCUAUACCGCACCACAUGUCUUGAGGGCUCUUCUUUCUCACCUGACAAAAGCAAUAGCUGACUAUAUUAUUUUCCAAGUAAACUCGGGAGCUCAGUGUAUACAAAUUUUCGAUUCAUGGGGUGGACAACUCCCACCUCAUUUGUGGGAGGACUGGUCGAAGCCAUAUAUCAAACAGAUAGUGAGUGCAGUAAGAAAACAAUGCCCUCAAGUGCCAAUUGUGCUGUAUAUAAAUGGAAAUGGAGGCCUUCUUGAGCGCAUGAAAGGAACUGGGGUUGAUGUGAUCGGGCUCGAUUGGACGGUGGAUAUGGCGGAUGGGAGAAGGAGACUUGGGAAUGAUAUUGGCGUGCAAGGCAACGUGGACCCUGCCUUACUCUUUUCCCCACUCCCAGUGCUGACUGACGAAAUUCAUAGGGUUGUCAAGGCUGCAGGCCGGAGGGGUCAUAUAUUAAAUCUGGGCCAUGGAGUUCUUGUUCAGACCCCAGAAGAGGCGGUCGCUCAUUUCUUUGAGGUCGCGAGGGGCUUGAGAUAUGACACCUUGUUUGAGGAUUGCAAAUCUGAGCAAUUGGAGACUGUAGGUUAAAAGAUGUAUUGCAUGGCUUGCCGGGUCUCUAAAUUCUUUUGGUGCUCAUGAUACAUGAUGCGUGGAUGGGUGGAUGGUUAUGAUGCAAGAGUUUGUUCAUUGCGGCGGAGACCACUCAAUGUAAGUGUACUCUAUCCUGCAUCAGUAGACUUAAAAUGUUGUUGUUUUUUGUUUGUUUAUUGUAACCUUCGUAGCUAGCGAUAGAGAAGAGGUUUUUUGGGUUUCGUAUGUGCUUCCUAAUUUAUUAGAAUUCGUUGGUAAAUGAUGCUUUGUUUUCGACUUUCCAUGUUGAAUGGCUGCUAUUACUUCAAUGCUUGCUACUAUGAACUUGCAGAAAACCUAACUCUGAAUUACAAACUUGUUUUCUGUGCUUCUUAAUAUUACUUUGUAUUAUUCAA